GGGGUAUAAACGGCUCUGCUAGAGCUUUUGGCAUGAGCUUUCGGACAGUGUCAUCCGAGACAUGGAGCCAGAACAUGUGCAAAUGCUGCUUGUGGGAUAGAAUACAACCCAUCUGAGUAAGAUGUCCUGGACCAGAUGAAUGAAACCAGAUCUCCAGAUCAAAUUUCCGUGUGUAGAUCCACCGAGUCUGUUUCGGUCCUGCGUAUACAUGUCUGUACUGGGCAUAUUACUCGUUUUCUCUCCAACAUGGCAACUGCCGAUUUGGCGCAGAACCGGGCCGAGUAUGUGCGUUCCGGACCGAGCCCUCGUGGGAUUACAUACAUAUGUAUGUAUUACUACUCUUCUCCGUCUCCGUCAGGAACGGAGCAUCGGACGAUGGCGUCGGACGAUGGCAUCGAACGGUGGCUUUAUAUCUGCCUCCCUGUGUCAUGUUCGCGGCUUGGCCAUGUCCUUUUUUUGGGGGUAUAUACGUAGCUGGCAGCCAUGUGUGCUGCAGUACCCCCUACACAGCCUACCAGCGUUGUAUGCUUCCAGCGUCGUAUGCUCUUCUUGUGCUCCACGCGCAUGUGUGUGUGUGAG